AUGCAUUUUCCAAACUACCUUCAACACGAGGGCGCGACAGACGAAGAGGUGAAACAGGAUGCAGCGAGGCCAGGAGUGGACCUGAAGUCAUUCAUAGAAAGAGAAAUUGUCGCUGUGACCGGAGACGGUACUAAUGACGGUCCAGCUCUGAAGAAAGCCGACGUCGGAUUCGCUAUGGGUAUCGCUGGAACCGAUGUUGCUAAAGAAGCUUCGGACAUCAUUCUUACCGACGACAAUUUCACAUCAAUCGUUAAGGCUGUUAUGUGGGGUCGUAACGUCUACGAUUCGAUUUCGAAAUUCCUACAAUUUCAACUCACGGUCAACGUCGUUGCUGUGCUCACCGCAUUUGUCGGAGCUGUGACGGUGUCUGAUUCACCACUGAAGGCUGUUCAUAUGCUUUGGAUAAACUUGAUCAUGGACACCUUAGCAUCGUUAGCGCUGGCCACGGAAGUCCCUACCGAUGACCUGUUGAAUCGAAAGCCAGUGUACGGAAGGAAAAAAUCUCUCAUCUCCCGGACUAUGGUGAAGAAUAUUCUUUGCCAUUCUCUCUAUCAACUGUUGAUUCUGUUCACAAUUUUCUAUACUACGGUAAGCUACAGAGAUCGCAUCUUUGGCAUCAAAUCCGGUCUGUAUGCUCCGCUUUUCGCUCCUCCUUCUCAACAUUUCACCCUUGUUUUCAACGCAUUCGUCAUGAUGACUAUUUUCAACGAGAUUAAUGCAAGAAAGGUGCACGGCGAGCGCAACGUCUUCAAGGGCCUAGCUAGUAAUCGAGUAUUUUGCGUGAUUUGGGUGUCGACAUUUAUCGCCCAGAUUCUCAUCAUACAAUUCGGUGCAGCAUGGUUCUCUACGGCUCCGUUGACUCUUCAUCAGUGGAUCGUCUGCCUGGCGCUUGGCGUUUCAACUCUUCUAUGGGGUCAAGUUGUGGCCACAAUUCCAAGCAAGAAACUGCCCAAGACCUGGAAAGUUGGACGUGGAGAAGUGGAACCGUCAAAGAUUCAUAUCAAUGGCGAUUACAAUGUACGUGCCAGAUCACGUGCACUCACCAUACGUCGUUCUGGAAAAUCGCUUUGGAUACGAGGAAUGUUCCUCAUGGGACAACAUCUUCGCACAAUCCGCGCAUUCCAAAUGCGUGAACGGAAUAUCGGCAAAACCGCGCCCACAAUGACAGCCGAGGCGGCCGAGCGAUGGCGAUCCAGUUAUCGCAAGUAUCGGCAUCAAAAACACCAAGAAAAAAGAGCCGCAGCCGAAAGUGGUGAACCGGAAAGCAAAGCAAAAUUGCCGGCUGACAUGAAAGAGAAACGGAAGACGUUCAAGCAGAUCAAAGCGCUUGUUCGUGGCAGAUCACUCGAAAAACACGAGCAUAAUCAGCAUCACAAGAAAAAGCAUCAUUCGGUCGAUAUCGACGACGUAGGACAAGUUUAG